AUUAACCGUUGACUUGGAGAGACGUCGACAGAGUUCAUAUGUAAAGUGUUUUCGACUCGCAUCGAUGAAAGUUUAUGAAAUACCUUGAUUAAUUGUGUUCACGAUGUUGCACUCAUUACUAUCAAGUGUGAGUUUUUGGAAAUGGUGUGUGGGGCUGCUGAUGUGUAGUGUACAAGUUACCGCCGUACAAUUCUGCUCCGAGCGGGAGUCGGUGGACAUCACCAACGGAAAAAUGAUUGAAACAGGUGUCGUUGAGUAUAACGGAGUGUUAUACAAUCCUACUCAAUAUUUUCAAGACGGAAAUAUUCGGCGAGGAUGUAUUUGUCUGGUGCGUCAAUGUAUAUACGUAUGCCAGUCAACAAAUUUGACGAGAGAUGAGCUGACGGUGCUCAAUGUCAAUGUAUCCGAAACUUAUGGUGAUGGCACUCAUAUGGUGAACAUGGCGACAAAUGAUCAGUACCACUUAAUUAUGCAAGAACCUGACUGUGCGGGAGAUUGGUUGGCCCUGCAGCAGGACGAAGCAAUCAUUACAUCGACAGGUGAGCUGAAAUUGGGCGAGUUUGUGUACAGCUAUUCUCAAUUCUGUAUGCUACCGAAGGACGAGAUGAAUGAUUAUUUUGCAUCAUUUUGUGAGCCUGAAAUCAGUGAUUUAUCACAUAACAUAUAUGCCGUUGGCUUCCUGGUAUCUUUGCCCUUUCUUGUGAUCACGUUUAUAGUGUAUGCUGUUAUACCUGAGCUGCAGAACCUCCCAGGCAUGUCAGUGAUGUGCUAUGUGGCAGCACUCGCAGUAUCAUAUUUAUUGUUGGCCUUGGGUCGAAUGGAUUUCUAUGACUACCAGUCCUUUAUGUGUAGGAUCUCUGCAUAUACAUUGUACUUUACGUUGAUGGCCAGCUUCUUUUGGCUCAACAUCAUGUCAUUCGACAUCUAUUGGACGUUCGGUGGAAGUCGUGGACGAACGACAGAGCGUAGAAAGUUUCUGUAUUAUUCUCUGUAUGCUUGGGGUGUACCUGUACUAUUCCUAUCAUUGGUUAUUAUCUUCGAUCACACGGAGCUGAUAAGCUACAAUCUACGCCCGAAUGUUGGCGAGGAGGGAUGCUUCCUCAAAGAGGAAAAGCUGACUCAGUUUCUAUACAUGUACUUACCGUUACUAUCACUGGUCACUGCGAACAUAUACUUCUUCGCUAUCACCGCCAUUCGCAUAUACCAAGCAGAAAAGGCAAAUGUCGGUAUGAUGACAGGCAAUUCGAGGCGCCACACAAAGUAUGAAAAGGAUCGAAUGAGAUUCGGAUUAUAUCUACGCUUGUUCACCAUCAUGGGUGUAACCUGGUCACUGGAAAUAAUAAGCUGGCUGGUAACUGAGCCGAAAACUCCUCCUUCAUGGGUGGCAUACGCGUUGGACGUAUCCAACUGUCUGGCGGGCAUAGUAAUCUUUUUCCUGUUCGUCUGGAAGCAAAGAGUAAAGAAACUGUUGCUUCAGCGAUUCAGCAGAGCAAUUGGGUCUUCAGAAACAGACUACAAAUCCAAUAAUGCAGGCAGCGUACAAUCGACUGAUUUAACCCACUCCAAGAGUAGCAUGAAUCAAUCGUUCAAAUGUAUUUAAACUGCAAAUAGGAGAUCAGCAUCCGUUGGAUUUUUCGACCAUCGCUGUUCAUUGCAUGAAAUUAUAUGCUUGAGGUGAAUUUGAAUCUCUUCUGUCCAUAAAAUAUGUCAAUUUUAUUUUAGAAAUAAAAUGCGGUUUCGUCUAUAGUUCGUGUUGUUUGUCCCUACGGCUUACAAAAGGGCUUUUCAUUUUUGCGUUACUUAGGAAUCAAUAUAACGAAGAGAAGGAUGCCUUAAUAUACUACUCAAAUACUAACGUAUCAACUACAUAUAUUUUGUGUUUUCAUAAGAUCGAGUUGGACAUAUUAGAGAGAUAGACCGAGAUAUUUUUAAAGGAUUUAACAGAGUACUAAACUAUCCCAACGAUUUCGUAUUUAUUGUUCGACUAACAUGAAUAUUUGAUGCUUUAUUAGUAAAAUCUAUUCUUUACUUAACAAAUAAAUUAGUAGUUCGCAUACUAUGAAAUAUUUGGCCUGUUACUUAUUCUACCAUUUUUUUCCAUUACCUCUUUUAUCUAUUAAGUAUGAAAGCACAGCGGUAUAUACUAUCAGUUAUUUACUUACAUGUGACCGAGUUCAUCAGCUCUUUGUUGUGCGCGAUUGUUCAUAAACGAACCUUCGAUAGAAGGAGCUUUGAUAAUACGAGUUUUGAUACAGACGGUGCCAGAUGAUAAGCUCUGCACUGAAACGGCAUGACGAAUAAUUGCCUGGUUAAACCGAAUGGCCUAAAUGAAUCAUUGUAACUUCCACCUUGUUCGUGUAAUUAGAACCACUUUGAAGCGUUUACAGUUUACAAUUCGGAAUGCUUGGCUAUUUUGGCAAAGUAUGAAGCAUUUUGCAGCUUUUAAA